AUGGAUAGUCAGGAUACUGACGACAAUGAAAACGAGCUCGCCUCAUCUUCUGGUGGAGAGCCAGCAGGCGGGGUCCCACCUGAUCCAAACCUGGAUCCAAGGGAGGUAUCAGAUGUCCAAGGUGACCAAGCCGUGGGACAAGAUGCAGACUCCCAAAAUGAUGAACAACCAACAGAUCAAAACCAACGGGCGUCCAGUGUGGAAGAAGACAGUGACCCCAGAACACUCUCCUUCCCGAGGAGGCUCUGGAAGAUCGUUGAGGAUGACGCUCUCGAGUCUGUGCGCUGGGAUGACGAUGGACACACCGUGAUCAUAGAGGAAGACCUUUUCCAGAGGGAAAUUCUUCGCAGGAGAGGCGUGGACAGGAUUUUUGAAACAGACAGCAUGAAGACCUUCAUUCGCCAAAUGAACGGCUAUGGAUUCAGCAAAACACGAGCAAAAACCUCUUCAGUUCAUUCUCUGGGGAACAAGAAAAUUAUGCUUUACAGUAACCCCAAUUUUCAGAGAGACCAGCCUGGGCUCCUUGAGAACAUCCACAAAAAAGGUGACCUCAGAAACACUGCUCUGCCAGCAACCUGUGCACCCACCGCAAAAAGAAAGAAGCUGGUACCUACGAGACAUUCCCUGCGAAUCCAACACAUUAAGGCCAAGAAAGAAUCCAACAGCAAGUCCCAGGGGGAAGCCCCAAAUGUCCAGGGACCCAGUAACCCUCAGUUCUCCAUCUUCCCUGGGGAAAUGUCUCCCAGUGAGCCGCCCAACGAGGAGCAGUCGGAGGGCUGA